GGAGGCCUUGGGGUUCAGCAUCGACGCCCCGGGGGUCUCGGCGGAGCUGCGGGGGCUGUGCCGGCCUUGGAGGGGGGUCCCGGGCAGGGUCUGGCGGUGGCCGAGGGGCUCUUUGUGGGAUGGGGGGUCGCGCUGACCCCCGGCUUCGCCUGCCGGGCCCUCCGAGCCCCCGGCCCCCGCAGCGUGGCUCGGGUGGACUUUGCUCGGGGGAGGGGGCAUGGACCCUCCUCGACUCCUGGGUGCGGGAGAGGACCAAGGGUCUGCUGGGGUCCCUGGUGUCCCCCGGGGCUCUGGGUCCCCGCACGCGCCUGGUGAUGGCGAGCGCGCAGUUCUUCCAGGGGGGAUGGGCGACCCCCUUUUCCCCCGGGCCACCCGCACCCGCCCCUUCCGCAGGGCCGAUGGCAGUGACGUCGCCGUGCCCAUGAUGGCCCGGGCGGGCACGUUCCACUGCGGGGACUUCAAGACGCCCGCGGGGGUCCCGUACUCGGUGGUGGAGGUCCCGUACGGGGGGGGGGGGGUGGCCAUGCUGCUGGUGGCCCCCCUGGAGCGAGAUGUCCCCAUUGUCACCCUCACCCGCCUCCUGGAUGGCCCCGUGUCACCCACUGGGUCACCAACCUCAGCCCCGCCCCCCACCUGCUCAUCCUGCCCCGCUUCUCCCUGGAGACCACGUGGGACCUGCGGCCCCCCCUCAAGUCUUUGGGGGUCCUCAACCUCUUCGACCCCGAGGCUGCUGACUUCACCCCCCUCUCAGCUGCCAUCAUUUAUUCCUGAAUGGCCCCCCUGGAAAUCGAACUGGAUCGGCCCUUCCUCUUCCUCAUCCGACAUCCCCCCACAGGUACCGUCCUCUUCGUGGGGCAGGUGAUGGAGCCCUGAGAGCCCCACGAGGGGUGGUCACCCCACAUCGGGGUCACCUUACAUCAGGGUCACCCCACAUCGGGGUCACCCUCACCUUGGGGACACUCCCACCUCGGGGUCACCCCACAACUGGGGAGUCCCCCACAGAGUCUGUGGGGCCUGGAGAGUUGUAUUUUAUUGGGGAGAGUAAUAUAUUGGGGGGGCCACCUCCAUGCUCCAGGGGUAGGGGCAGUCGUGUCCUGG